AUGCCCUGCCCCUUUGCACGCCUCGCCGCCUUCGCAAGUCCAAUCGAUAUCGCAGCAGCCAAGGUAUACCAUCAACAGAACAAUCUCUACAGUGACAACGGUGCAUCCUCCUCGAAGCCCGUCGCCUCCUCGUCAGCAUCCUUCCCCCCUCUCUCUGAAUAUCUCAAGCAUGCCACAGCCAAGGCGCACCGAGAAGUCGAGUCGAGUCAAGGCGUGCGGCAGCUCAUGGGCUUCGCGUCUUCCUCGUCAUCAUCGAGCGAUUUCACCUUCUCUCGACUCGACUACGUACGCUGGAUGAUCAUGCUAGCCUGCAUCUACGCAGCACUCGAGGCAUCUCUCACUUCGGCCGGUAACAAGGCAGCCGAGAUGGCUCCAGCCCUUGCUCCCCUCUACGCUUCUCGUCCGGCCUCGGCACCAUGCAGGACGCUCCUCAAUCACCUGGCACGCUUUGACGCCACCAUGGCAGAUAUCGAAGUCCACCUCAGAGUCUUGCAGAGCAGCGAGGCCAACGAGGAGGGGGCUGGGCUCAGCCUCAGCGAGAUCGUUGACGUGCUAGACGACGACGACUCCGAGGCAUCAGCAGAGCUUCGCUUGUCGAUUGCACCCGUCCUCUCGCUCCUACAGUCCUCGCCGUCUUCCUCCAAGCUGCAGGACGAUCACCUUCGACUCCUUCACCCAGCCCAAGCCCUCGCCACUGCCCAAUACGUGCGCCGCCUCACGGACAUUGCCGGCAUCGGGGGCGAGCCUGACCUUCUCCUGGCACACAGCUACGUCCGCUACCUCGGCGACUUGAGCGGCGGGCAGCACAUCAAGAGGAGGAUUGAGAAGCUUUUCCCCCUCCCUGCCGCUCCCUCACCGUCGACUGGUGGCUUUGACUUCUACGACUUCCCCUGCCCCACAUCAGACGAGGACCUGUCCGCCGGCGCAUGGCACCGCGAGCUCAAGGAUCGCUUCCGAGACGCGAUGGACGCUUCGGUAUCUGCUAGUGCCGGGAUGGACAGGACAAAGAUGAUGCGAGCACAAGGUCGCGAGGCUCGUCUGGCCUUUGAGCUCAACAAGGACCUCUUCGAGUCGCUCGUGGGGAACAAGCCGGCUACGAUCUUGCCCGAGCUGGGCAGCGAGAGCGAGUGGAGCGAGGAGGAGGCGGACGAGUUGCUUGCUACUAUUCCUCCUGCCAUUCAGCAACCCAUAUCGGGCGGCAAGUCAACCACAAUACCCGGCAUCGGGGCAAAGCAGCUCCUCGCCCUCUCCUCCAUGACAGCAGCCCCUCAUACAGCCGUCCUUCCCCUCGUGUGCUCGGCUCUCGUUGUUGCCGUGCUCGCAAGAGGCGUCGUAGCUGUGGCUGCCGCGGCUACAGCCUGA